AAGUAAAUUAGUGAGAAAUACAUAUUAGAUGAAACAGAAUAAAGGGGAAGGGGUAGGAUCUUGAAAGGAGUGGGAAAUAACGAACGUAACAACGUCUGCGAGAGUCGUGUCGCUACUUCCGAGCAAAUAACGUCUUAUAGGAUACCCUGUAGCGAAGAAAUAGUUCUGUCAAGAUGUCAAGGCCAAUCCUUAGCAGGCCGCGUACACGCGUAUAUGGAUGCAACUAUGACAAAGGAGAAUCAUAUUAUAAGCCAAUGGUCGACCACUUGGAUCGAAAAUACAGUUCUCGACCGCUUUUCUCUGAACCAAGAACUUCAUUGGCUGACGAGAUCGCAGCCCGCCGAGGCGACAUCGGCACGCAUGACCUCUCUGGUCCUCGCAACACUUCCUUUGGGCGUGACCUUGACCUUGAAUUAGACCCUUCCAUUCGCGCUUCCCAAUUGCCACUACCUUCCUUGACUACCGACAACUUGUUCCCCGAAGACGAGGAUAUUGUCUACGACAGCCGUGGCCAGCGCAGUCGACGUCGAUUCGCUGAAAAUUUUGCCAACGAUGUCGUAGCGACGACGCAACAUCUGAAAGCGAAACUGGCCACGUUCGGGUUAGAGGAUGAGGUCGAUGCUGUAUUAAGAAAACCACGACGCCUACGUCAAGGACAGGAUCAAGUUGAUAAUAUUCUCAGUUCAAGGAAAAAUCUGCAAGACAUAAAAUCAAUUAGCGAAGAGGCAGAAAGUACGUUUAAAAGACGUUCGAAGCUUUUUGACGAAACCGAUCGAUUAGAAGAGAGUAAACCAAUGCUUACGAAAUGGUCGAAAUUAAUUAACGAGGACGAAAGUUCAGUGUCCGCUAAUGCUGCUGCGACAAGGGCUAUGCAAACCAAAGCUCGUUUGAACGACCUUGAGUCUGAAAUGGAAGAGCUUGCAGAGAGACAGGCAAAAAGAGAACGCAGGGCAGCUGCCCUCAGGGCAUUGAUCAACGAAAAUAUGUCCGAUACGGAAAAUUUCCAAGAACAAUCUGUUCAUAGCAAGAAGGUUUCCAUCCGUGAACACUCUGAGAAACACGUCCUCUGAACAAGAAUGAAUAUUUAUAACUCAAAUAUGAGAAUAUUCCCUCGUUAUUUACCAUUUACUUUCGAUCAAUUGACUGUCAUUUGUUCCUAAUGAUCCUGCAGAUGUUGUUUGUAUUAUAUGUACUAUUUGAAUAUUCGAUCACUUUUAAUUGACAGUGCAUAGGUGCAACAGAAACAACGAUCUAUUCACAUUACACGAAUAAUACAGAUAUUUGUAUAAAAUUAUUUAUGUAAUAGAAAUACAUUGGCAAUAUCAUGGAAAUACAAUUUCAAUCGGAUUAUCGCUUAUUUUAUAUACCCAGGAAUAUAUAACAUAUGCAGAGAGUUCUUGUAUGUAUUAAAAGUCAUGCUAUACGCGUAUAAUAUAAAUAUACGCAUAUACAUAUGUACGCACGAAUACGAUACCAGCGAGUACACGCAGAUAUACUUAUUACAGCGCACAUAUUUAUUAUUUUACGUACACUAGUUUAUACAGUAU